CACACACACACACACACGCACUUUGCCCCCCGCCGGCGUAGUUCUCAAAAAAUGUUCGCCACCUGUACUUUUCUAUAUUCACUAGUAUUUGGUUUCGCUAUCCACAUGUCCAUUCUUACCUUAAUCGUGAUUUAUUUUUAAUUAAUUAGUGACGGUAGUAGGCUGUUUUACUAGUCGCCAUAAUAUCAUUAGAUUAAGUUGCGGUAGUUCAUUACUUUACGAAACACAAAUUUUAACAGUUUGCCUAAGCUAAUUACUAGUUGAAAAAAGCGCUACUAAUGAUUAUACUAAUCUCACACGUUGUUCUGCGGUUGUGAAACGAGAAAAAACGUCAAAAAAACAUUUGAAAAUGGUCAAACAACAUUCCAAACACCUUCAUUUCUUUCCUGAAAUUACAAUAGAAUUUACAGAUGUGGAAGACGCUAGAGAAUCAAGCACGGGAGGAGAGCAUAUUAUUAAGAAAGAAUGUAAGCCUAGAGGUAAACGUGGAAGAGGAACCAGAACUGGUUCAUUUGGAAAACAUCGCGGAAAAUGUUGCAGUAAUAGCAAAACGGCACUAAUGACGAACACAUUCCCACCGGAUAAAGUCAACAUUGGGACUCGCCUUCCGUCGCUGACCUCUUCAACGAACCUUACUACUGCCCAUAAGUUUGUUAGAAUUGGAAGAGAGAUUUUGUUGAUAAAUCAUUGCAGGAAGAUUUUGGAGGAUAGAAGUAAAAAAUUUGGGAAAAUAAUCUCAGAGGCUGAGGGAAAGAUGAGGGACGAGGAGAACCGUUUCAAGACUAAGAGUAAGCGCCUGAAGGGCGAAUUAAUUGAAUCGAGAGCGCAGGCGCUGAAGGCGGAGGAGAUGAGCCACGAAUACGGCAAGAAGCGAUUGGAUUUAGAGAAGGAAUUACAGAAGGAAAGGGGGAAAGUACAGAGCUUGAAGGGCGAAUUGAUGGAGAUUCGCUACAAUCUAUCGAGACUGAAAAUGUUGCGUCAUUUCCUAUUCAGAGCUGCACCCGAUUGGUGGCAGAAAAGAGUCUUCAGGGAAAGUGGGAUUCGGGUGAAAAUCGCCAAGUUUAAGACGGUAAACGAUAUAUCUAUACCUUCUAGGUCAAAUAGGAAAAGUAUUAUCAAAGAAAGGGAAACGCCCUCAUGGUUAAGGCGACAUGUCGACUUUCAGCUGAAUAGUGAAAAGUCGGAAUCGAAGGACGAGCUGUCGUUAAGCGCUUUUGAUAAUUCGAUAGCGGCUACUCAAACGGAACAACUGUGCGAGUGGGACGUCGAUGACUUGUACGAAUUAGAGACGUAUUUUAACAGUCCGAUCGAGUUUUUAGAUAUUCUUCGUGACGAAGAGGAUUCUAUUCUAAAACUAUUAAAUAAAUCGGCGAAAGAUGACUACAACUUCAACGUAAAGAUUACAGAUGAUUUUGACAUUUUUGAAACGAAAAAACAGCAUGAAAGCGUCUUCCAGCAGUUCGAAGGCAAGAAUUCCCAACUGGAUCAUUUACAAAGGGAAAAGGCUAGACACUUUGUACUUUACCACCUGGAAAUAGCCAAGAACGAAAUAGAAGGGCCCUAUAGGGAAUUGAGGUAUAGUGGCGAUGUCACGUGACCGGGUAGGUAUAAUUUCGUGAUCCGUACAAAAUACCUCAAUUCCAGGAAGAUUAGAGAAAAACUGGAGAGGAUGUACAUAGCCUGUUUUCCACGAUUUGAACAAACUUGUAUAAGAAAAUACAGUGAAAUAGAGCUAUUAGAAAAGAUAGAAGGUACGCUCUUCAGAUUGAUAGAUACCGUUGAAACUCUUCCAAAGAAGCGAUUGGAAGAGAAGCUAAAAGCAUUAAGAUGGAGUAGGAAAUUAAAGACAGCUGCCGACAUCGGAAAGAGGCCGGAGGUAACUCAUCGGAAGACUACAGCUACCAGAGUUGGCAGGAGGAUUGUUGUAAGGUCAAACCCGAAUUGGAAAAAGCAGCAAAUCAAAGAAAUUCGUGUUGGAAAAUUUACCUCUACCGAUGAUGACUACUACUUUAGUAAUUGUUAAAUAUAGCGAAGAUUUAGCCAAAUUAUACUUCGUCAUCCAUUCCCCCAGCGGGACUUGGUCAGGUUAAUUCGGUCCCCGCCAUUUCACCCUUCUCACUGAUCUUCCGCACAGAUAUCGUUUCUUUUCGCCGCUAGGCCUAUAUGAGAUUAAUUGAGAAGCGUUCGCCGUACGUUGUCGGUCUGUCUGGCCUAAUAGGCUCGAACCCGACGUUCCGCGGGCGUUUAGUGAAUUCCGCUGCAAUUUCCUCCAAGAUUCUUUCAGUUCCUUCCGCCAAAAAGACCCACCAACCCUUUUCCUAUCUGUUUUCCUCUUUCCCUUUCUGGAUAUUUGUGUUUUUGCAUUUAGGGAGCAUUCCUCUUUAUUCCAUACCUUUGCUCAUCUUUCCCCUAUGGGAAUGAGGAGGCUAGAGAAGAAAAAAAAACAGACGUGUUCCAUAAUUGUCUCCUUGUUUUCCUGUUUCUUUUCUUCGUUGUUAAAGAAAUAUUACCGUAAGGGAAGGGAAAGGGCAUCGAUUUCAUAGACGAGAGCAAAUAAGAGAACUAGAGGCAAGAGGGUCGUGGGGGGUAGGUAAAAAAUGCAACCUUUGCGAAAGAAUAGCAAACCAUAAACCUAACAGGAUCGUAAUUAUCAACCGGUACAAAAAGGUAAACAACAACUAACCAAACACCAGCUUGAACAGAUAGAAAGGUUAUUGAUAUGUCUUACGUCAUCAUGAAUCGAAAAAUAAGUCGAAUAUUAAUGCUUCAACUAACAGAUGCAGUAUAUUAUUAACAUCGAUUUUAUACAAAAAAAAGAGAAAGAAAAGAGGAAAAAAGAACCAGUGACGCUCCCUAACUUCCCUCAAGCGUUACACUACAAAAAAUCUACCCCUCGAGUUGAUAUAUUCUGCGUUUACCUUAAAUAGAUGUACCUUUACAAAUAGAAAUAUUACAAGCUUUUAUUCAAAGAAUGUAUCUGGUUCACAGAUAUGUUGACAACAGAUGGCGCGAUUUGUAUAACAGAGAGUACUGUUAUAAGAUUAAUAGAUGACUGAAAAAGUAGAGAAAAUGGAAAGAGAGGAGGUUUACUGAGGGAAUAUAUAGAGGAAUAGGCAUCAAAUGCCUCGGUCAAUUAUCAUACGCAGCUGUUUAUACUCCUGUUCAGCCUCAAGAAGAGGAAGCGUGGUUCCCGCCAAAUGUUCUAAGCAUCACACCCCUCAAUUGGCAGACUGCGCUUGAUAAGAUACGAUAACGGCUGAAAGAAACAAAAAAGGAAUUUGGCUGAAAGUGGUGAAUAAAACCAUAAUUAGUUGUAUUCUUUACCGGCUUAAAAACCGACAUAUCUUUGUCAUAAAACAUGCAAUUAAUAGUUUCACUAGGUGUUUGCCGAUGAUAUCACCCUUUGGAAAUUUUCUGUUUUUUUACAACAAUAUUAUAUGCUAUUUCAUAUAUCUGAUAAAACCGCGUUUAUUCACUAGUGAAAUAAUUAAUACUAUUGAACAUGUUCUCUCGAUAAUCAACGUCCAUACGCCAUUCAUUAGUUCCGUCCUGCUUUCCUAUAUCCGGUGUAUAAACAUAAAAUUCGUUUGUCUUUCCGUUCUGGAUUUUCGAGAUUCUAUGUGUUUGCCUCUUACAGACCAUAGAAAAGCCGACUAGGCAACCCAGAAACUUGAUUACUACGAUUCGAGUCAGUUUCGACAUCCUCUUCUUCGAUGAUUGAUGGUGAAGAUUGAUGACGCGGGCGGCGACUACUGUACAUAAAGUAGCGAACCUCUACUAUACUAUACUAUUGUGAAGAUAACGAAAAAGUUACUUAGAGUUUCUUGAAAACAUUUUAAUAUUGUAAUUCUUUUUUUCCAGUUCAAAGAGAAUUUCCUGAUAAACUGAAAAUUAAUAUAAGGUUAAAGAUAUCAUAUUAAGAAAAAAACUAUAAUAGUAAUUUGGUAGAUUUUAUAAAGUUCCG